AGUUUGAAUUGUGUCCUCGUAAAGAAAGGAUAUUCGUUACAUUGUCGUUAAGUUGUUAUUAUAAUUUUUGAGAAGAAGCAGCAAUUGAAGCCAAGUCUCACCAAAACCAAAUCUAUAAAGUUAGCCCCAGCAAGCAUUAAAAGAGCCAAAGCGCAACACAAAAAAAAAAAAAAAUUGUAUUGUAAAUCAAAAGAAGCGAAAAGAAAGGAAAUCAAACGACGAAAUAAAAGUCCCCCCUUUUUUGACAUAAAACAAAAAGUUAAUUUGCUUAUAAAAACAAAGCGUUUUAAUAAAAUAUAAUAAAACAACACAAGCAUUAUCGUAUACAUACUUAGUGAAUUUUGCUGAAACGCGACAAUUUGCGAGAAAUCAAAAAUUUGCAGGAAACAAAAACCCACAAAAAAUCGUUUAAAAUUAUUUUAAACAUUAUUUCGUGAAAGGUGUAAGUUGGCGUGCUUGAAAAAAAUUUGAAAUAAUUUUGCUUAAUUGUUGUUGUAUUUUAAUAUAUAAGUAUUUGUGCCUUGAAGUGGCUGGAAGAAAGUGAAACACACUUUAAUGCAAGUGUUCGGUCUAAGAAAAUUUAGUGGGAAACUAGAAUUAUUGGUCUGUGAUAAGUGAAUGUCAUGUCAGAUUUUUAUAGUGGAAAGCAUUAAAGAGUUUAAGCAAAAAAGUUUAACUUUUAACAAAAACAACAAUUUACGCUCGUUAAAGCAUAGAUGCUCCUAGAACAACAGAAAACAUCCAAGCAGUUCGGUUUCAUACACAAAAACAUAUUAAAAAUAUCUGUAACAUCAAAAAAUCAAUGCAUCAAGAGUAUACAAAUUGUUAAAGAUAAAUAAAAAUUAUUAGACAAAAUAUAAAAACAAAUCAUUGACUCCGAGUAAACCAACGAGAAAGAAAUCAAAAUUUCGCGACAAGUCUCUGUUUCUCGCGAAACUCAACCAAACAAACCGCGUCUGACCAAAAAGGAUAAAAAGCACAUCAACAACUAAUAAGAGUUAAAUACAAAAACUAACACCAAAUCAAACAAAAUUCGAAAUCGCGCGGCCCAACAUUAAACAACAAAUUGCCACAAUAACCGCCACCGCCGCCGCAGACGAUCCAGUAAACAUGUUGGCGAUGCCGACUCCCAUGAUGCCAGCCACAGCACAAAUGACGAUCAGCAGCCAACCACUGUCGGUGGGUGCGCCGCAUGCCAAGCCCUACGAGACCAAACUACUGACCAUUCAUCAAUCGCAUAUGCAGCAGUCCCAUCAUCAGAGUAGCGCUGCGGUUGCUGUUAGUAAGCAACAACAACAGCAGGCACAACAACAGGCCGCUGCCGCUCAGCAAAUGUCAGCCAAUCAACAGGCUGUUGUGCAACAGCAGCAGCAACAACAACAACAGCAGGCUGCACAAGUGGCGCAUCAGCAACAACAAGCUGCUGUAGUGGCACAACAACAGCAGCAACAAGCUGCCGCCGCUGCUGUGGCUCAACACCAUCAGCAGCAACAGGCUGCAGCCGCUGCUGCAGCAGCUGCUUGUGUGGCCCAGCAACAGGCUUGCGUUGCAGUGCAACAGCAGCAGCAACAACAACAACAACAGCAGCAAUAUCAGAUACACUCGCAGCAGCAAUCGCCGCAGCAGGUGAUGAGCAGCAGUUCGCCAAAGCAAGAACAAUUUCAUAUUUUCGUCGGCGAUUUGAGCUCCGAAAUCGAAACUCAGCAAUUACGUGAAGCUUUUACUCCAUUCGGUGAAAUUUCUGAUUGCCGCGUCGUACGCGAUCCACAAACAUUGAAAUCCAAGGGUUAUGGAUUUGUGUCAUUUGUCAAAAAAUCGGAAGCUGAAAGCGCCAUCACUGCUAUGAAUGGACAAUGGCUGGGCUCGCGUUCGAUUCGAACGAAUUGGGCUACACGAAAACCGCCGGCGAGUAAAGAAAACAUCAAGCCGUUAACAUUCGACGAGGUCUACAUUCAAAGCAGCCCAUCAAAUUGCACCGUUUAUGUGGGUGGUGUCAAUAGCGCCUUAACUGCGCUCAGCGAGGAAAUCCUACAGAAGACCUUCUCACCGUACGGCUCGAUACAGGAGAUACGCGUCUUUAAGGAUAAGGGCUACGCAUUCGUGCGCUUUUCGACCAAGGAAGCCGCCACACAUGCAAUUGUCGGCGUACAUAAUACGGAAAUCAAUGCGCAGCCUGUGAAGUGUUCGUGGGGCAAGGAGAGCGGUGAUCCGAAUAAUGCACAGACAAUCGCCAGUCAGGCGCUUAAUCCAGCUGCUGCCGCUGCAGCCGGCUUCCCGUAUAGUGUGGGUGCAGCAGCUGCGGCUGCCGCUGCCUAUGGACAACAGUUGGCCGCCACCGGUUGCUGGUAUUCGCCAACGCCAACAUAUUCCGCUUCGUCGACCACAGCGGCUGUCACACCGGCUGCUGCUGCCUCCGCUGCCGCGGUGCAGAAUCAAUUCUUACAAGGCAUUCAGGGAUAUCAUUUCGGGCAGUAUGGUGGCUAUCAGCAAGGAUAUAUGGGCAUGGGCGUACAGAUUCCCGCCACUUGGCAAGGCGUUGCCACCCAAGCGCAAAUCUCACCUGCACAACAGUUGGCGACGGGUGUACCUGGUGCUGGAAUACCGCAAGCUGCCGGCGUCGUCGCCUAUCCGAUUCAGCAAUUUCAAGUGAGCCCACAGUUGCCAGAAGAUGAAUGGUUAGCAGCAAAUUUAAUAUGUUAGUUAUAAGUGAAGUUAUGUUGUAAUUAUAUAGAGUCAUGCAUUCAAGAAAUACUUUAUCUAUAUAUAACUACCUAUACAUAUGUUAUAUAUAUGUUUGUGUGUAGGAGAUCUGUAACCGGAAGUGUAUAAUGGAUAUGUUUGCACUAGAAAAUAAAUAAUUGCUACUUAAAGACAAAAAUUAAUACUAAAAUGCCGCGAGAGGUAAAUCACUUAAAAACACAACAAUUUCAAAUAAGGAACUUCUGAAUAUAUUCAUUAAACUUUUUAAUUUAUAUUGAUACAAAUAUGUAUAUUUAGUGGUUUGAUAUAUUUUGUGUUAUAUCCAUAUAUCAAUUUAAAAACGUAGCUUUAUCCCAUGAAAUUCAUAUUUUUAAGGAGCUUAAAUGCUCCUGAAGGAGUUUGCAAUUUAGAUUCCAUUAGAUUCGGAGCAAACGGCUUUAACAGCUCAGUCUAGAAGACCAUCUAAUUAUCAUGUUCUCUAAUUUAAACAUAGAUCAUUUUGAGAUUUCUAAAUACUAUCGUAGAAAAUUUUAAACAACAAUGGCGCCAUAAAGAUAAAAGUUUCAUAAAUUUUUUAGGAAAAAAAUUAUUCAUGCAGAUGUUUAUGAGGCAGAUAUAACAGUAUAUUAUUUCAUAAAAAAUAUUUCAGAACUUUAUAUUAGCAUUCCAAUUAUAUAUAUAUAUAAUAAAAUGUGUCUUUUUUAGACAAGUGGUCUUCAAGAAUAUUAGUUUAUUGUUAUGACCGAGAAUUUCGCUUAAUUAUAAAGAUAAUUGGUUUCGUUUGGCACGAGUUGAGCUUUGCAAGCCCGCAAAGCAAGAUCCUCCCGCAAAAUCUUCCAUAAAGUGAAUGGACACAACUUUAAAUGUACGAUGGCAGGUGGACUCAUUUGGGUCUCCUUUGAUACUCCGCUCUACGGGUAUCUGAGAAUGCGCAUUGUCCACUAGAGAAAACGUGGUGGAAAAUAGAUCAUUGCAUAUGUACACUGGGUGGGCUUAGAUUAUAUGAGACAGCAAAAAAUUAUAAUAUGAAAAUACAAAUAUAUUUAUUUAAUUAUUAUUUAACUAUCUGGUAUUUAGUUAUAUCAAAAGUCAUAUUACACCACGUACAUACUUACAUACAGACAUUCCGCAAUUUAUACACAAUCAACACCCAUAUAUGAGUUACCUUGAUAAUCGGUUUUUUAACAGCAGGUAAAACAAACAUAUGUAUAAUUACGUAUCAAUUAAAAUGCAAAGCUGAAGUAAUUACAAAAAAAUGUAUAAACUGCAAAUAACAACAACAAAAAAUUAAGAAAAUAAAAUUCCAUAUGUUUAUGUGCAUAAAUAUGUAAGACGUUAUAAUUAUUUUGUGUGUGUAUAGAAAAGUUGAGGAAAACAUGCUAGUAUGUGUACAUAAACAUAUAUGUAUUUGUAUAUGCUAAAACAUAUUUAUAUAUAUGCAGUAUAUAUACAUAAACUUAUGAAACCAAUUUAUAUACAUACGUACUCGAACAUAGCACCAUAUAAGUUCAUAUAUGGAUGUGAGUAACAGCAAAGGUAUGUAGAUUGUAGCAAAAACAAAACACAAAAAAAAAACACAAUUGUAGUAUUCUUAAAUGUAGCACAAGUUAGUGAAAUUAAUAAGUACUUGAGCAAACGAAUUAAAAAUUAGAGGUGAGUAACACAAACACACAUAUACAAACUAACAAAAAUAGCUGUAGCUUUAGUGUUACACCGAGUUAUUCGAGGCUUAGACAUGAAUACAUACACACAUGAGGCUCUUCGAUGUUUCUACGCAUACAAUAGCACGCCAGGAUAUACAUACACACACACAUAUACAUAUAAUAUUUAGCUAUUGAUAUGAGGGACUAAAUAAGCAUAUUCGUACAUAAAACUAGUUCAGGAGCAAUCCAUAUAUGCUAUGUGUACAUACAUAUAUACACGUUAGCAAAACGUGCAAUCUGCCAAAAAAAACAAAAAAAUAUAAAAAUUUUUUGUUGUUAACAAACCAACAGUUAAGAUGUAAUCGGCAGUUUAUAUAAAAAAGAUUUUGUUGCCUAAAAUCCAAAUAGUUCGUACUAUAGAAUGUACAAGUAUAAGCGUUGAUUUUUUUUUUGUGGAAAUUUAAAAGAAAAAAAUUUCAUUUAGUUUGAGGUUAGAAUAGCAUAAAUUAUUAAAAAAUGUGGAGCGGCCGAAUUUGCUUAAAUUAUUUGUAUGAAUUUUGUUCAAAUAAAAUAAUAAUUAAGUAUUCAUAAAAAUAUAAAUUUUGAUAGAAAUGAGCCGCAAGAAUACUGGGUAAAUAAGAAUAAAUACACACGCAUCUAAGAAAUACAUAAAAAUUUGAACGCUAAAAGCACAUUUGGGAAAUUUUAAUCGCUAGAGGGAUGUCAGAAAGCUAGAAAUGUAAGCAAAGUGGAAAGUAGAAAACAAUUAUGGAAACAUUAUUUAACAACAAUAAAUCUACUGGAUGUAUAUACAAUUACAUAUGUAUUUAUAUACAUGCAUAAAUAGUACAUAACCCUAGUAGAAUUAGCCAAACAGCAAAGUGACGUAAAUUAGAAACAAAACUUACGUGAAAAAAUACCAGUAUACAUAUGUAAGCAUUGCAAUAAGAAAAUAUAAUAAAAAAUUGCAAAAGUAUUAGUCUUAAGCAGGCAGAAGAAGAAGCGUGUGUUGCAGUUUACGAAAAUGCAUUAAAAAAUUGUUUGUUAAAGUUUGCGCUACAUAUCAGUGAGUAAUAUGAAAAAUUAAAACCACAAAAAAAUAUACAUAAAUAAAAUAAUAAUAGAAAAAUAUAUAUACAUAAACAUGUAAUAUAUAAAAGAAAAAAUUAAGGCAUGAUAUAAAUGAAACAAAAACUGGAAAAUAAUACAUGAGUAAGUGUGUUUGUUGGGAAUUACAAAAUUUAUAUAGCAAAAACAAGAAAAAAAGGUCUAAAGGCUAAUAAAUUACGAAGGAAAUUAAAUAUUAUAUAUUAUAUAAUUUAAUAGCUGCAACAAAUACAUACAUAUAUGAGACUAUAUAAGUACAGUGAAAUGAAAAUGAAAAAUCCCAACUGCAAUAAAAACAAAUAUUUUACAAUAAAAAAAGCACACACACACAUACAACAUCCACAUUGAUUGUGCUACGUUGGAGAAUUUACUCUAUAUACAUAUAAGCUAAUAAAUAUAUAUAUUAAUGCAUAUAUAUAUGUGUGCAAUUUAUAGGUAUAAUAGAAUUUGCUGAUAUACGUUAGAGGAAAAGGUGUGCAUAAUUAUAUAUUUUAGCCAAUAAACAAAAAUGAUAUACAAGUGUUAAGUUCCAUAUAUUGUACAAAAAAGUACACUUAUAUGCCUACAUGCAAGCAGGCGAGUUAGCGAAAAAAUUAAUUAAUAAAGUGUAAAAUAUCGCCACACACAUAUAAUCACUUAUGUAUAUCCUACCUACAUACAUAAUUUCGGGUAUGAAAAAGUAAGUAAUUUUUUUAUAUUAAAUAUAUUGAGUAACACUCCUUAGUGGCAGCGUUAUAUUUUCUGUAUUAUUACUAAAAUUAAUAUAUAAUUUAUUUUCAUUCACAUACAAUUAAAUUUAAAUUUUUGGGUAAACGCUAAGCUAUAGUGAAAGCUUCAAAUUAGCCCAAAAAGCUUUUUCUACUCAUAUGUUGUGCUAAAAGCCCGAAGCUGCUACAAAAUGUAUGUAGCGAGUGUGGCAAAAUAGCGUCAACUACAAGGUGAAAGCUUUCCAUAAGCUUAAAUCUGCUUCUGCGCCUUUCUUAACAAAAUCUUGACUUUUGCUUCAAAAAUUUCUUAAGCACGUUCUUAUUUUUCAAAGUGUUAAAGGUUUUUAAAUCCAUCAAUUCAAGAGCUUUCACUACUUCCAAAGUUUGCAAAGCUGAACUUUCAGACGGAAAAAUUAAAUAUUUGGUUUUAUAACAUGAUUAGUCUUCGCGGCUUUUCGAGCUUUAAGAAGUUUUUCAGCACAUCUAUUCUUUUAUAAUUAUAUUAUAUGUGCAAAUUCCAUGUACAUAUUUCAUAGUAACAAGCGUUAAUUUUCACUACUUCUAAAGCUCGCAACGCUGAUAUAUCAGAUGGAGUACUUAAAACUUGGGCUUACUUCAAUUUGGAAAUUUUUGCUUAAAAACUGAACUUUCAUUACAGCGAAACAGUAAAAUUUUAAAUUUACUUAGGUUUCUAACACUGGCAGAUAUUAGAAUCAUUUAGCAAGUAGUAUGCUCAUUUCUUUCGUAGCUUUUCAUUACUCUUAAUUUCCGUUGCCUCAUAAGAAUUGGAAAUAAAACACUAACAACCGAACCAUAACUCUCCAAAUCAUUGGCUUUUCAACGUAACGUUCCUUUAACGAAGCAUCGGCAUGUUAACUGAAAGUGUUCCAUAAUCACUGAAAUAUUAUACUACUAAACUAAUCUAAAGUACUUGCAUACAUAUUUACUAAGCUCUUAGUUAAUUAAUUAUUAAUAUGUAUGUGUGCAACGGUAGUGAAUUCAUGAUUCGGUUUUUUGAUUUUUUUUCUAAAAUAAAUAUUUAUGCAGGUACACCUAUACAUAACUACAUAUGCAUAACUCGAUAUUUACACAUAUACCUAAACUUAAAAGGAGAAUAAAAUCAAUACAUACACACAUAUAUAAAUAGUAUAUUAUAUAUGUAUAGUAGUAAAGGCAAGCAGAGGAAGAAGCAGCAGAAUUAUUUUAAGUACUCUAGUCAAUUUAGUAAGAUUUGAAUGGUAGUAACGGUAGUGUAAUUGAAUAGCCGAGUAGCUUAACAGUGAUGCAGCAGUAGAUGAAUCCCAGAGCAUUUAUGCUGAGUGACGACGGGCAGUAAAACAGUGAUGCCACAUCUAAGAUAAUUAAUGGAAACCCAGAGCAAUGUGUUGGCGUUGUAAAAACUGAAGGCAAAUCAAAGUUACAAAUACAAAUAUGAAAACCGAACCCAAUCAUAUAAGAGUAUUAUACCUAUGCAAUAGAAGUAGCAGAGACAACAACAAAAAAACCAAUCACAAGCAAAAUAACUAGCAUAUGUGUAAUACAUAUAUAUAUACAUAUAUAUAGAUAUAUACUUAUACAAACACAAAAAUUAAAUAAGUGAAAUUACAAAACAUAUACAUACAUACAAACAUACAUAUACGAGUAUAAGUGUAUACAGACAUAGUAUAAAUGAGAUUAAUAAAAAUAUGGUAGUUGCCGGCAGUGAGGUAAAAGUUUUCAAAAACCAAACAAAAAAACAACAACAUAUAUACUAUAUAGAACAAAAACCAACCAAAAUAAUAUAUUAGAAAUAUUUGAUACGCAUUACAAUGUAAACAACUGCAUAUAUAUGCAUAUAUCUGUGUGUAAAACAAAAGAAAGCCUACGUAAACACACAUACACACAUACUUACACACACGUCGUAAUAAUAGCAACAAGUUAUGAAUUAAACAAUAUUGUAAUGUUUAUUUGUAUGCGUACUAUUUGUUUACUGGUGAAAUUGUGAAAUUGAAAAAGAAGCUUACACAGAAAGGCAAAUAUUUGACUAACAAAGCUAAACAAUAAUAGCCAACACAUACCUAAUAUUAGUAAGUGUGCAAAACUAAAUCAGAAUAGCAAUCAAAAAUUUUUAUGAAGCAAACUGACACAUCUAAUAAAAGUGAGGCUAUGUACGAUAAAAUGAGCGAGGAAGUGAAUAUAUAAUAGUUUUUUUUCGGAAGUUACAUGUUGGAAAAACAGUUUCAUGGAAGCUCUGUAUUAAAUGGUGAAAGCUCAUUUGAAAAAUUAAUUUUCAUUUUAAUAGUUUCUGAGUCCCUAAGAGCUUAAAAAUUAAGUAUAAAUUUAUAAACCAAUUAUAUUUGGGGAAACUUACAAUUGAUGUAUUGAUAGAUCGGUGCCCACAGAGUUUAUUAUUUCAAGCUUGGCGAAAAUAAAGCAAAAUUAAUGAAAUUGUAGAAUUAUUGUAUUUCAGUUGUCAAAUAUAUUAACUUAAUUGGAGGCCAAAUAUUUAGCUGCGAAGAUAAAAAUUUCAGUGAAUAGGAAAGCUUAAGCGAUUUGUUGUAACAUUCGAUGCUUUACGAAAUUCAAUGCAUUAUUUGCAUGAUCUCACUUUCGAAGUUUAGUGAAAGCUUAACGAAAAAUAUAUAACUUGUUUAUAAAAGUUUUAAGCUAAAAAGUUAAACAUCUGAUAAAGGAUUACGGAUACAUGCAAAAUUUUUAUUGCCGUUGAUUAACUUUCUUCAAAAAAGUUAACUUUUGUAAACAAUCAUAUAAAAACGGGUGCUUUAUCAUGAAAUGUUUAUUGAUGCAAACUUUAGCCACAAUUAAGUUGACAGAGCCUUCGAACACUUUCACUACAUUUUUAUCAAAUAUUAAUGUACUGUCGAUUGCACUCAGUGUAUAAAAUGUAAAACUGAGCUUUCAUUAACGUCGAUCGAGCUUUCGAAAGCUUUCACUUUGCUUUCAUAAAAAGCUAAUAUAUUUCCAGACGUAGCAAAAGCUAAUGGUUAAUAAAUGGUUCUGAGCUUUGAAAAUAUAAUACUGAUAAACAGAACAGCAAAAACUCAUUUUAGCAGCUGCAUUUAUUAGCAUAAAUUCAAUUUCCCGCUCAUUAUAUUUGUAUAACAAGAAUGAAUGUGUACUGUGAAAUCAAUGUUUUAUUAAAGAAAUGAGUGCAAUUUUGAAUCAAAACACAAAAAUAAAUAUAAUUUUUUAAAAAGCUAACAUUUAUAAAUAACAAAAACAACCAUUGCAAAUAUUGAAAUCAAAAUGAUGAGCAGUAAACCAAAAAUAAACAAGUAUAAAUAGACAAAACUAUAUAGGCAUAUAUUAAUAAUACAUGAAUUAAGAAGCGUGUGUAAAUGCAAUUGAAAACCUAAUGUGAGAGCAAAAAAAUAUAUGUAUAUCUGUAAUUAAACUAAAAGUAAUUAUUACUGAGUAAAGUGCUUCAGAAGAUAUGGAUUAAAUGUAUGAGUAUUCAAAUUUUCGAAAUUUCGCAAUUCGUUACAACAUGUAAUAUUUUUAUAGUUUAUUUUAUUUUUUUUAAAUGAAAUGUAAUUCUUAGAAUGUGUCUGAAGCUUUUGAGCUGCCAACUAACUGGAAAAUUCUAACGUUGAGAAAUAAUUUCUUUAAAGUAUUUUGUAUUCAUAUGAGACUCGUAUCUGCUGUGGCACAUUUGCUAAGUAUAAAACGAAAAAGAGGAAGUGUAAAAGCCCAGACAGAAAAUAAUUAAAAAAUAAUAAUCAUAUAUUGAAUCAGAAAUUAAAAUAAAAAGAGAUAUGAAAUAACUGAUUAUCAAAUUAAUUACCGUUAAAACAGGCAUGCACAACGCAGUAACCAUAUACAUAAAUACAUAUAUAAAUACAAGUAUACAACGGAAAAGCAGAAGUCAACAAGCAACUUGGAAAUAAACAUAAUAUUUUAGCAUGUAUUGGUGUCGAAACUGUAGGAAAACAUCAGUGAAAAGUGGGGAACGCGAGUAGUUUGAUUCAAAUAAAAAGUAGCAUAUUGACUGCAGUAUUGCAAUUAUUUUGUAGGCAUUUAAGUGACGGUUGAGCGUCUAACCGCAGCAAACAUAGAAAAUAAGAUCUAAGCAAAAAUAUAUUGAAGCAAGUUAAAAAUAGGAUAAAAGCGACAAGCCGAGAAGCAUGCAAUGAGCCUGAGAAUAAAUCUAGACAUAAUGAUAAAUUAAAAAACAUGUAGUAACGCAUAAUAUACAAUUAAUAAUUAUUUAUACAAUUGGCGAAUAUUUAAUUACAAAAAAAUUAACAAAAACUGUUAAAAAAUAUAUAUUUAAAGAAACUUAAAUAUUGUAUCAGAUGAAAAAAAAAAUUUUGUUAUGGCCAUAUUUGGUGAGCUCCCAACAAAAUUUAAUUACCAUAUAUUGAGAGAAAAGAGCAUUCAACUAUAUUUAACACUAGGCGCAUAACUAAAAAAAAAAAAAUAUAUAA